AAGAAGCAGCAGCAGCAAAAGGACACGAAGAAGAAUUCGAGGAAGACUCUCAAAUUAAAGUUCUAGUUUUCGUCCACUGUGUGUUUGGAUCGCAAACUUGACAGCUUUUACUUCGGUUUCUGAGGUGACCCGAUCCGCUACAGAAGAACAACAGAAGCUCUAAUGACUCGCCACGGGAAGAACUGCACGGCCGGGGCCGUUUACACCUACCACGAGAAGAAGAAGGACACAGCGGCCUCUGGUUAUGGCACUCAGAGCAUCCGGCUGGGAAAAGACGCCAUCAAAGACUUCGACUGCUGCUGCCUGUCUCUGCAGCCCUGCAAGGACCCUGUGGUGACUCCAGAUGGAUUCCUGUAUGAGAAACAAGCCAUUCUGGAAUACAUUCUUCACCAGAAGACGGAGAUCGCCAGAAAGAUGAAAGCGUAUGAGAAGCAGAAGCAGGCGCAGAAGAGCUCCAGUCAGCUGGAGUCCAAGUCUGAGGAGAGGGAGAAGGUGGAGCGCUUCAAGAGCCGCGAGAACAGCAUUGUGUCCAAACCCAUCAACCCCUUCACGUCAGGUCAGGGUAAAGAUGCAAGCAGCAGCAGCAGCUCCUCCGGAGAGUCCUCAGCCUCCGCCUCUUCAUCCUCCACCGCCUCCUCCUCCUCCUCCUCCUCCUCUUCCUCCGCCCCCUCCUCCUCACAGAGCCUCCCCAGCUUCUGGAUCCCCUCUCUCACACCCGAAGCCAAGCCCACCCUGCUCAAGAAGCCAAGUAAGACGGUGUUGUGUCCCAUGUCCGGCCGGCCCAUCAAGAUGAACGAGCUGAUCACGGUGCGCUUCACGCCGCUGGACCCCAGCCUGGACCGAGUGGCGCUGCUGAACCGCCAGGACAGGUAUGUGUGUGCAGUCACCAGAGACGCUCUGGGGAACAGCGUCCCCUGCGCCGUCCUGCGGCCCUCGGGGUCCGUGGUGACCCAGGAGUGUGUUGAGAAGCUGAUCAGGAAGGACAUGGUGGACCCGGUGAGCGGAGACAAGCUGUCCGACAGAGACAUCGUCCCGCUGCAGAGGGGUGGAACCGGCUUCUCCGGCUCCGGAGUCGACCUCCGAGCGAAGGAAGCUCGUCCAGUGAUGCAGGCCUGAAGACCGAAGACGCCCCGACUCUCCCAAACCACCACCACCUCCACAUCUCUGCUUUCUCUGCUUUGUUGAGUCUAAAUCAUUCAAAUAAAGUUUUUCAAAUAACUUUCUUACUGAUUUUUAGCUGGUCUGAGGUGCAAAUUUAAAAAAAAAUGCUCAAGACUGAGAUGUACAAAAACUCCUAAUCAUUUUCUGGUAAAAAGUAAUUUUAUUUUCAGUUUUGGAAAACAUCCAUCAAAGAUUCAAACUGUCCAGAGAAAAGAGUUUUCAUCACUUUUGACCCAAUCAAGUGGUGAAGUUUGGGAACGAUCCAGUUUCCCAAUGGUCCUGCAGGACAGUCCACUGAUCCACAGCAUCCCUCUCUCCUCAUUUUCAUGUAUUUCUGUACUACCUGUGGUAUUAUUCAAAGCUCUUCUAUUCAGUUAUAAAAUGUAUUUUGUCAGAUUUCAUUGUUGAGAUGUUGAAUUUGAACCAUCUAGUCCAUUCAUGCUGAAUAAAAGAAUUUUAACCGGGAA